GAGACGGCGCCAUUGUUGGCCUAGAGAGGCCACUGCCGGACAAGGAGGGAACCAAGGCUUCCGCUCAACCGAGACGCAAGAUGGCCACGGAUGGGGGCGUCUAUGUGGACGACCUGGGGAGUCGGAGUCUCCUUCGCCUUGUGUCUUUCUGCGUCCUACUGGCAGGUUUGUGCGAAGGAAACUCAGUGGAGAAGAAGAUCUACAUCCCCUUAAAUAAAACAGCUCCCUGUGUCCGUCUGCUCAAUGCUACUCAUCAGAUUGGCUGCCAGUCUUCCGUUAGUGGGGACACAGGGGUUAUCCACGUAGUACAGAAGGAAGAAGACCUACAGUGGGUGUUGACCGAUGGCCCUAACCCCCCUUAUGUGGUUCUGCUGGAGGGCACGCUCUUUACCAGGAAUCUGAUGCAGAAGCUGAAGGGGAGAACCAGCCGAAUUGCUGGUCUUGCAGUGUCUUUAGCCAAGCCCAGUCCUGCCUCAGGCUUCUCUCCUAGUGUGCAGUGUCCCAAUGAUGGGUUUGGUGUUUACUCCAACUCCUAUGGGCCAGAGUUUGCUCACUGCAGAGAGAUAGCAUGGAAUUCGCUGGGCGAUGGCUUGGCUUAUGAAGACUUCAGUUUCCCCAUCUUCCUUCUUGAAGAUGAAAAUGAAACCAAUGUCAUUAAGCAGUGCUACCGCGAUCACAACCUGAGUCAGAACGGCUCAGCGCCGGCCUUCCCACUGUGCGCCAUGCAGCUCUUUUCACACAUGCACGCCGUCAUCAGCACCGUCACCUGCAUGCGACGCAGCUUCAUCCAGAGCUCCUUCAGCAUCAACCCAGAAAUUGUCUGUGACCCCCUGUCCGACUACAAUGUAUGGAGCAUGCUUAAGCCUGUAAAUACCUCUGAGACGUUGGAGCCCGAUGACAAGGUUGUGGUGGCUGCCACCCGGGAGGGGGACUGGGGCCUGCCCCGAAUUUCCAUUUUCAAAGUGUACCUCCCCUGCCUUGUCUGCCGUGCCCAGCUGGACAGUCGUUCCUUUUUCUGGAAUGUGGCCCCAGGGGCUGAAAGUGCCGUUGCCUCCUUCGUCACUCAGCUGGCUGCAGCUGAAGCUCUGCAGAAGGCACCCGAUGUGACCACCCUGCCCCGCAAUGUCAUGUUUGUCUUCUUCCAAGGGGAAACUUUUGACUACAUUGGCAGCUCAAGAAUGGUCUACGAUAUGGAAAAUGGCAAGUUUCCUGUGCAGUUAGAGAACAUUGACUCAUUCGUGGAGCUGGGACAGGUGGCCUUAAGAAAUUCACUAGAGCUUUGGAUGCACACAGACCCCAUGUCUCAGAAAAAUGAAACUGUACAGAACCAGGUGGAGGAGCUCCUGACCAUCCUGGAGAAGAGCGGUGCUGACGUCCCUACUGUAGUCCUCAGGAGGCUGAGUCGGUCCCAGCCUCUCCCGCCAUCUUCUCUGCAGCGAUUUCUUCGAGCUCGAAACAUCUCUGGCGUUGUUCUUGCUGACCACUCUGCUGUCUUCCAUAACCACUAUUACCAGAGCAUUUACGACACUGCUGAGAACAUUAAUGUGACCUACCCGGAAGGGCAGAGCCCUGAAGAGGACCUGAACUUCGUGACAGACACUGCCAAGGCUCUGGCAGGUGUGGCCACAGUGCUGGGACGUGCACUGUACCAGCUCGCAGGAGGAACGAACUUCAGCCACACCAUUCAGGCCGAUCCCCAAACGGUUACCCGCCUGCUCUAUGGGUUCCUGGUUAGAGCCAACAACUCAUGGUUCCAGUCUAUCCUCAGGCCAGACCUAAGGUCCUACUUGGGUGACGGGCCUCUUCAGCAUUACAUCGCCGUCUCCAGCCCCACCAACACCACUUAUGUUGUACAGUAUGCCUUGGCAAAUUUGACUGGCAAGGUGAUCGACCUUACCCGAGAGCAGUGCCAGGAUCCGAGUAAAGUCCCCACUGAAAACAAGGAUCUGUACGAGUACGCUUGGGUUCAGGGCCCUUUGAAUUCCAACGAGACAGACCGGCUUCCCCGGUGUGUGCGUUCCACGGCACGACUCGCCAGGGCCUUGUCCCCUGCCUUCGAGUUGAAGCAGUGGGGCUCUACUGAAUACUCUACAUGGACUGAGAGCCGCUGGAAAGACAUCCGCGCCCGGAUAUUUCUGAUAGCCAGCAAAGAGCUGGAGUUUAUCACCCUGAUGGUGGGCUUCGGCGUCCUCGUCUUCUCUCUUGUCGUCACCUACUGCAUCAAUGCCAAAGCCGAUGUCCUUUUCAUUGCUCCCCGGGAACCAGGAUCUGUGUCUUACUGAAGAGGACCCCAACUUUUCCUGCCAGCUCUGCAGUUCACUUCCUAGGUCAUCUGUCCCACUGGGACAUAAACCACUAGUUUGUCACUGGAACCUCUCUGGGCCUGGCUCGGACUGACAUUAACAUAAAGUGGAACUGCCCAAAAGA